AUGGGAUCCUUAGAGAAGCAGCGGGGCGUGGCCAGGGCCGGUCCACGGAGGCGUGGCCCCGGGCGGCUCAGGGGGCGUGGCCACCAUCGGGCCCUGGGGGCGUGGCCCCGGGCGACUCAGGGGGCGUGGCCACAAACGGAUCCUGGGGGCGUGGCCCCGGGCGGCUCAGGGGGCGUGACCACCAUCGGGGCCUGGGGCGUGGCCACAAACGGAUCCUGGGGGCGUGGCCUCGGGCGGCUCAGGGGGCGUGGGCACUAUCGGAUCCGGGGGCGUGGCCUCGCGUAUAUCCCGGGGGCGUGGCCCCGGGCGGCUCAGGGGGCGUGGCCACUAUCGGAUCCGGGGGCGUGGCCACGGGUGGAUCCUGGGAACGGGGUCACGAUCGGGCCCUGGGGCGUGGCCUCGGACGAGUCAGGGGGCGUGGUCACGAUCGGACCCGGGGGCGUGGCCACGGGCGGCUCGGGGGGCGUGGCCGCGAUCGGCCCCCACCGGGGGCGUGGCCACGGGCGACUCAAGGGGCGUGGCCACGGGCGACUCAGGGGGCGUGGCCCCGAUCGGACCCUGGGACGCGGCCACGGACGAGUCAGGGGGCGUGGCCACUACCGUGGGGGGGGCGUGGCCGCCCCCGGAGCCCGGGGCGUGGCCACGGGCGGCUCAGGGGGCGUGGUCGCUCUCGGAUCCCGGGGCGUGGCCACGGGCGGAUCCCGGGGGCGGGGCCCCGGGCGGCUCAGGGGGCGUGGCUACAAUCGGAUCCGGGGGCGUGGCCACGGGCGGAUCCCGGGGGCGGGGCCACGAUCGGGCCCUGGGGCGUGCCCACGGACGAGUCAGGGGGCGUGGCCACGAUCGGACCCCAUCGGGGGCGUGGCCACGGGCGGCUCGGGGGGCGUGGCCACGAUCGGGCCCCCCUCGGGGACGUGGCCACGGGCAGCUCAGGGGGCGUGGCCACCCUCCGAUCCCGGGGGCGUGGCCACGGCCGAGCCAGGGGGCGUGGCCACUAUCGGAGGGGGCGCGGCCGCGGGCGACUCAGGGGGCGUGGGCACUAUCGGAUCCGGGGGCGUGGCCACGCGUGGAUCCCGGGGGCGUGGCCACGGGGGGGGGGGCUCAGGGGGCGUGGCCACGAGAGCCGUGCCGCGCCGCGCCGUGCCGUGCUGGGGCUCCCGGCUGGGGCGCCGCUGA